GAUUACUAAAGAUAUACAUGCAUAUCCGUAGGCAUAGAUCCUAAUGUAGUGUUUCCUCCCAAGUUAUUGUGUGACCUACAGAUUUGCGAGGCAGUCGUGUUCAUUUCAAAACAUAAUUAUACCUAUUGAAUUUUGACUUCUACUUCAUAAGUCAUGUGGAUUUUUUCGUUUAUAUGUUUUUGGACCCAUGUUGUAUUGACGGACGGGGUAACCAAUAACUCCAAUAAGCAUUCUGUGGACUGGUGGUGCGAUGAAAUAGAAUGUUAUUACAGUGAUAAAAUACCUGGCGAAGAAACAUGUCAUAGCAAUAAAUCAAUACCUUAUCGUUUUAACAGUACAACUGGAACUUGCGAAUUGAACUUGAUUGGAUUAUUACUAUCCUUUAAAGUUCUAAGCAAUAGAUUGGGAGCAGUCGUUGAGGAAAAUAACCGCAUGCGCAGUGAGAUUAUUUUCCAAAAUGUGAUGAAUGCGGGCAAAGUUUUUGUGGGAUUUGCAAGCCUCUGUGUAUUUCUAGGAUGUUUUUAUUGUUGCUGGGUGCAAUAUUCAGAUCAUAAACUGAAGAGAAGCCUGAAAGUAGUGGCAAAGAAGAUACAAGAGCAACAAAAAACCAUAAGCAAGCUUAAAAUUGGGAGCAAAGAAAAUAAAGAAACGGGAAAACCAGAAAGACGCAACACCGUGCCUGAAGAAAUUCAAGUCUCUGUUGUUUAGUCCACUUUUCGCAUUAUCGAAACUUUUUUUAACGUAUAAAUUGAAAUAAAAUCUAAAUACUUAAAAUUGUUUCAUGUGGACUGUAUAUUAGGUAGAUUAUACGCAUAUUACACAGUUCGAACAAUCGGCGUCUUGAUUCGAGGCCAAUCUAUUUUAGUUCUCCUGAAUCCCUUGCUCUCGUUCGCCGACCUAACUAAACGUUAAAAUUUCGCAAAUUAUAUCACAUACUGCGCGUUUUAAAACUUAAAAGUAUCUUUUAACUCAUACGAUCGUGUGCCUGUUUUGUGUCAAUGUGCCUAUACUACUAUCAAAAUAUUAGUGUGUGAAAAUAAAGUGCUUUUAACACUAUUAGUUAAUUAGCAUUAUAUCACAGAGUAAGAAGUUUCGUUUUUGUAGUAGGUAUUUGUACGCCGGGCGUUUAUUAUGUGUCGUCAAAUAUUAUUUUGUACAUUUGUCAUUAGUGGUUGGUUUUCUUUAACAUCAGCUGAGUUGCCAACGACUGAAAAUAAAAGUAAGACCUGUAUGGACAUUGGUGACUGCAUAACAAUAGAUACAGAAUGUAAGGAAAAAUGCGGCUGUGAUAAAAUUAUCCCAACUACUUUUAACACCACGACUCAGGAAUGUGUAAUAAACAUACACUUGUUAUUCACGUCAUUACGACAGAAGUAUAAUACAGAAGAUAAUGAUAUCCCUCCCGAGGAAGAUGAUUUGGCAACUAAGAUUCGAGCAGAGGCUGACAGAAUAUUUAACGGCGUUAUUGUUUCCGCAUUUUUGUUUAUUGCGUGUGCCAGCGCCUGCACAGUGACUGCCUGUAUUUAUUGUUGCCGAAUUAAUUACACAGAUUAUCAGCUCAAGAAAAGUAUCAAGGUGUUGGCGAAGAAGAUGGGGAAAAAGUCUCAAAUGAAAAAACCCGUAAAAGUCCCCACAGAACAAGUAGCGCAGAGUUGCAAUGUUAUUGUAGAAGAUGCUGGUAUUUUCUGUGUUUAAAAAAAAAUCUUAUCUAUUGUGUAUGGAAUCACUGUUCAAUUAAUUAAAUAACAUUAAAAAAAUACUGUGUUAGAAGUAUUUUCGACAAACGGAACGUUUUUAGUACAUGGCAACCCGAUAUCUGACAGAUAAACUUUCAUUCAUUCCGUAGUUUGACAUUUACAUUUACAAAUAUUUUCUACGUCCAUUCAUGUCUUCUGAUAAUAAUUAUAAACAAGGGAGAAAUUUGUAUAUUUCAUUCUAAAUCGAACAAGUCUGUCUGCAAACAUUCGUUAAAAUACUCAGUAACUUAUAUUUUGAUGGUUAGCGACGUUAACGUGAGUAUAAUCUCUUGAUUACCUUUGUAUUGAUUUCUUGUUUACUAAACAAAUGCGAAUGUUCAUUUGUUUUUGUUAUUUUCAGUUGGGGCGCUAGUAAGAAUAAUAUGAUGGAAAUUACUAUAUUAGACUAUAUUGUAAUGACUUUUGGUGUUUUUUUGAUCUUGGCUUUGUGUAGCUGCUUAUACUGCAUAUUUAUAAAGAUCAGUGACCUCCGGAUGAAGAGAUACAUAUUAGAAAUGGCGAGCCAGAAAGGCAUCGAGGUAGACCUGGACAAACUUGACCCGAAAUAUGCAUUUCAAUCUUCACAUUCAGAUGAAAACUGUACAAUUAUUGUACCAGAUGUUGUUGUUGUCCUUUAGCUUAUGAUUUGAUGAACGAAUGCAGUUUUGUGUGAUAAGCUGUCAGGAUACUACUAGCGGAGAAGUAUCUUAAGUGCGGUCACAAACUUUAUAUGAUGUAUAACAAGGAAAAGAAGAUUUAUGUGUAUUGUGUGGAAAUGUUGCCAACAUCACUUUUACAACUCAUACUCCAGGGAAUUGGAUGAAUGCAACAGGUAACCACAUCUUUGUCUGUUCCUGACUGGUAUUGCAGUAUUGCUGUACUAGAUCUGUAUCUAUAAGUACAAAAACGAUAUAUGAAUGUGCUAAGAAAAAGAUGGUAUAAUUUUCGAAGUUUCCUGCCAAAUAUAAAAAUAAAUGUAUACAAA